UACGGCAGAUCGUCUCUCCCACAAAGCGGCUACGUGUGCGUCUACGUGCUGCGUCACUCCGCUUACGUGCUGUCAUGACUCUAGUCUCGCGUGAUGAGAGUUGCGGCGUCGGGAUUGUGUCAGACAGGAGGCUGGAGGCCUGUAAUAAACAGUGGUAUUAUUUGUUUUGAGAGUUUACCCACGAAGAGUCGCCAAGAUAGCCGGCCCAAGUAGAAAACGCCGAACCCCUGACCCAGAUUCCGUUACAGAUCCCGGGGGCCCAUUUGUUUCUACAAAGCGGCAGAAGAUGUCACAUUCUGCCAGGGGCACCAGUCAGAGAAGGGUGACUCGGGGCACAGCAGAUGCAAUUAAUAAGAAGAAACAAAAAGAUAAAGCCAACCAGGAAUGCAAAGAGGGCAAGGUGGCCCCAAACGUGGAGCCCAAAAAAGACAUUGUAAUUGACUGGAAGCAAAAUUCGGAAGAAGUCAUAGUGAAAUUAAAUGCUGGACCGAGAGCUUUAAAUGUGGAGCAACUGAAUGCUGAAUUCACAGAUACAGACUGUGUUAUCAGCUUCCCAGAAGGCCAACAAUGGAAAUGCCAAUUUCAUGAGGAAAUUGAAGGUUCUUGCAGUAAACUGCAAUAUAAAGAAAAGGGGAAUAUUUUGCAACUAAUUCUGCAGAAGAAAAUUCCAUUUAACAAAUGGCCAACACUUCAGAAGAAGAGGAAAGAGCCCUUGAAAGAGCAGGUAACAGCCAGAGUCCAUAUAGAAGAUGGAAAACCAAAAUCCUCUUUAAAGUUAUCGCUACCCGACAAAUCCCAGUCCCAAACAUCAGAGAGCACGGACACACCAAAGGGUAAACCACACCUUGGAAGUGUGAAACGGGGACAAGAAACGACAGAGGCCAGUAGUGGAAUGAAAAGCAGCCUUACAAGGAAAUCCAUACCUACUGCAGUGCACAGCGGAGUCAAGACGAAAAGAGGCUUCCAUAAAUCUGCCUCUCCAGUCUCCGGAAAGGAUUCCAGUCCACAGAGUCAGAAAGUCGCAAGCUCUGAAGACCUUUCCAGCUUUGCAGGUGGCAAAGGGCUAAACAGACGCAAUGUCAGAAAUUCAACUGUGGCAGCACAGAAGUCUGGAGACAGCCACAUGGAGCUGCAGAAUGUACAAAGGGACCAGAAUAUCAGUUUAGGGAAGGAGAAAAGGCCUGUUCUGGAUCAACAGGUACUGCUGCAACAGGCAGGACCAACUGUGCAGCCGGUAUGUUUACACGCUAUGGAGAAGCAAAAUGCACCCGUUGAUCAGAAUUCAGUGGUUCCAUGCAAAGAAACGCUUGUGUCCACAUAUGAGCAAACCCUGGACUGUCAGCAGGAGCCGUCUAAAAUGGAUCUAAAUGUAGAAGUAAAGGAGGCCGUGGUUAAACCUCUCUCGGAUUGCACACCCUCAGAUGCCACUGAAUUGGAUUGCCUAGCUGAAAAAGUGGAUUCCUCUAGUGAGGAUUGUCUAGAAGAAACAACAGAAGAGCCAGAGCCAAUAGUGAACCUGACGUUUAUGAAGAAUGAUCACUAUGAGAAGGGCAAUGAUGUGGUUGUCGUGCACAUUUACUUAAAGGAGAUCUGCAAAGAAACUUCUAAAGUGCUGUUCCGGGAGCAAGAUUUCACACUCCUCUUCAAAACAAGGGAUCCAAAUUUCAUGCGACUUCAUCCGAACUCCACGCCAGAUACUGUGUUCAGGUGGCAAGUAAAACUCAGAAAUCUUAUUGAACCUGAUUUGUGUCGUUUCUGUUUCACCGGCGCUCGGGUUGAUAUUUCCCUGCAAAAGAAGCAAAGCCAGAGGUGGGGUGGCUUAGAGGCACCAGCCACACAAGGUCUGAAUCCAGAAUUCUACCUUUUGCCCAAAGAACAAGGUGCAGUGGGUGGUGCCAAGGUUGCAAUGCCUGCUGGUCCACCUCCCCUUGAUAAAACUCAACCUGGAAGUAAUCCGCAUUCUCUGUCCAACAAAGAGGAGACCAGAGCAGUAGAGAAAGAGAAGCCAAGAGCAGAGGACACCAGCCUAGACAAGGUCACCUCCAGGACAACAACUGAUCACGUCUCUGUAAAAUCAGAGCAGCUUCUGGCUACACCCAAACCAACAUGCAUGGUUCCACCAAUGACACACAGUGGGGUGAGCAGUGAAAAUGUGCAGCAAGAAGAAGAAGAAGAGAAAAGAGUCUGCCCACCUGGUUUUACUGGUCUGGUUAACCUGGGGAACACCUGCUUCAUGAACAGUGUUAUCCAAUCCUUGUCCAACACCCGGGAGCUGAGAGACUACUUUCAAGAUCGCUCUUUUGAAUCAGAGAUUAACUGCAAUAACCCCCUUGGAACUGGUGGCCGACUGGCAGUUAGCUUUGCUGUGCUUUUACGGGCCCUUUGGAAAGGAACCCACCAUGCUUUUCAGCCAUCUAAGCUCAAGGCAAUAGUGGCCAGUAAGGCAAGUCAAUUCACAGGCUACGCCCAGCAUGAUGCACAGGAGUUCAUGGCUUUUCUACUGGAUGGGCUUCAUGAAGAUCUCAACAGGAUUCAGAACAAGCCAUACACAGAGACUGUGGAUUCAGACGGAAGGCCAGAUGAGGAGGUGGCAGAUGAGGCCUGGCUACGGCAUAAAAUGCGGAACGAUUCCUUCGUGGUGGAUUUGUUCCAGGGCCAGUACAAGUCCAAGCUGGUUUGUCCUGUUUGUGAGAAGGUGUCCAUCACAUUUGACCCAUUCCUGUAUCUGCCAGUGCCCUUGCCCCAGAAGCAGAAGGUUCUCACUGUGUUUUAUUUUGCCCGGGAGCCUCACAAGAAGCCUAUUAAGUUUUUGGUGAGCAUAAGCAAGGACAACUCUAAUGCUGCCGAGGUCCUUGAGUCCAUCUCUAAGAGUGUGCGAGUGAAGGCUGAGAAUCUGCAGUUGGCAGAGGUGGUGAAGAACCGUUUUCAGCGUAUCUUCAGGCCAACAUGUUCUCUGGAUUCUGUCUCCCCCAACGACCUGCUCUUCUGUUUUGAGGUUCUUUCUAAGGAACUUUCUAAGGAGCGUGUGCUUGUGUUUCAGGUCCAGCAGCGCCCCCAGGUGCCCAGUAUCUCCAUUACUAAAUGCGCAGCUUGCCAGAAGAAACAGCUGUCUGAAGAGGAAAAGCUAAAGCGAUGUACAAGGUGCUAUCGGGUCGGAUACUGCAACCAAGUCUGCCAGAAGUCACACUGGCCUGAUCAUAAGACUGCCUGCCGACCAGAAAACAUCGGCUAUCCCUUCCUCAUCAGUGUCCCAGAGUCACGCCUCACCUAUUCCCGUCUGGCACAGCUACUGGAGGGUUACGCAAGAUACUCUGUAAAUGUAUUCCAGCCUCCCUGUAUUCCAGGGAGAACAUCACCAGAUCAUGCACCUCAACCACUAAGCACAGAGAAGGCAGAUCUACCCCUUUUGGGGGAAUCCAGUGAGGAGGAGAAAGAUUUUCACUCUAUGCAGUCGUCUCAAACCACUCUGCCUCCUCUCGCCUUACAGUCUGAGUCCGGAGACCCUGCUAUUGUACAUAGCAAAGCACCCGGGGAUAGGGUCUCUUUGUACAGUACUGAUUCUGGCUUUUCAGAACACAUCACAGAGACUGUUAGGGAAGUGGAUUCUGGAGGCGAGAAAGAAACGGUUUAUGAGAAAUCCGUCAAACCUGAAGCUGCUGUUGCCGGUUUUCAGCAGUCGGAAUCUGUGAAUGCGCACACUUCUCCUUUCUACAUCAAUGUUAUUGACCCAAAUAACAAAGAGAUGAAGUUGGAAGAUAAAGGUGAGUCUCCUUUGGAGCUGACUGAAGACUGCUCUCUGGCACUUGUCUGGAAGAAUAAUGAGCGAGUGAAGGAGUUUGUACUGGUAGAGUCCAAGGAACUGGAGUGCGAAGAGGAUCCUGGAUCUGCUAGUGAAGCAGCCAGAGCUGGACUUUUCACUUUGGAUCAGUGUCUUAACCUCUUCACCAAGCCUGAAGUCCUGGCACCAGAGGAGGCCUGGUACUGCCCCAAGUGUAACCAGCACAGAGAGGCAUCCAAGCAGCUGAUGCUCUGGCGACUUCCUAACAUCUUAAUAAUCCAGCUAAAGCGAUUCUCUUUCCGGACGUUUAUCUGGAGGGACAAAAUCAAUGAUAUGGUGGACUUUCCCGUCAGGAACCUGGACUUAAGCACUUUCUGUAUCGGGCAAAAGGAAGAUCACCAGACGCCUGUCUAUGACCUUUAUGCAGUUAUUAACCAUUAUGGAGGAAUGAUUGGUGGACACUACACGGCGUAUGCCAGGCUACCUAAUGAGAAGAACAGCCAGCGGAGUGACGUGGGCUGGAGACUGUUUGAUGACAGCACAGUGACCUCAGUGGACGAGAGCCAAGUGGUGACCAGAUACGCUUAUGUGCUUUUCUACCGGCGAAGGAAUUCCCCAGUGGAGAGGCCCAUGCGAGGGCCCCCAGCACACCCAGCUGACCAUCGUGUGGAUUCAGGGGCAUCAGCAGAUGGGGCAGCGAGCCAGGCAUCGCUCAUCUGGCAGGAGCUUGAGGCAGAAGAAGACGAACUUCGCCGGCGUCUGGACCUCUCCCGGAGCUGCAGGGCACUCUCCAAUUCCCAAGGAACAGAUGUGCAACUCUCCGAAUUCCCUGACGAAGUUCGUAUCCGAUAUUUUUUUCUGGGCACCAUGGCUGCCAUUGUCGCUUUUUUUCUGAACAUUUUCUAUCCCUUCAUGUACCAGUCCCAUGGGCUGUAGCCACAAUAAUGCUGGACGUGGACUAAUCACAAUUCUUCAGGAAUUUCUGACCUAGAAAUAUUUCAGGGAGUGGGGGAUUAAGGAUGCAUCAAAUCCGUUUUUCGUUUCAGGAUUGAAAACCUAGUGCUUUUUGCAGGAUUCCGAUCCAGCCAGCGCCCAGGUGUUCAGCCAAACUGAAUCGGUCUCAAACUUGCAUAUCAAACUGGCUUUGGCUCUUAAACAAGGAAAACCGCAGCUCUAUCCAAACAGGAAAUGCUCAAAAAAUCUAAGCUCACCCGAUAUAGAACUGGACCUGGGUGCGUGGCCCCAGGUCUGUCUAUUAAGGGUUCAGCAUUCUUGGCAAAUUAAAUCAAACAGUAUAAACAUUAUUCACACUCACCUAUGAGAAUUGGUGGCCCGGGUGCAGCUCCCCGAACCCAUAGCACACACUCCUGUGACACACCAGGUUGGAUAAAAUCUCGAUCUUUAUUCCAUAGGUUAAAAACAAAUGUCCUAACUCGUUUCAUAUAUAGAGAUACGUAUUUUAUCCAACCUGGUGUGUCACAGGAGUGAAUGCUCAUUCCACGAUUUUCUUUGCUCUGUAUUCAGCCAAAUCUUUUGUGGUUUUGUGGCAGCAUAAGUGUUGGGCUGAAUCCAAAAUAAUGGGUUUGAUGCCUCCCUAAAAUAAAUCCGCAAACAUUGCCUCACUAUGCUACACCCUCGGCAUUAACGCUCCUUACACUUUUAUGAACUGCCAUGGAAAUCAUGUGACAGGCUUGUAAAUAAGAACGAAUGAACAUUGACAUCUCAUCGCUUGAGGGCCCUGAGGCAAAGCUGCGGUCAGAAGCCUCCUGAGACCAGAGCCGGUGCUCUGAAUACUAAUCUUGGCACGAGCCACUUACCCAGCGCAGCUGAUAAUAGCCCACAUCAAUGUUAAGUGCUUUUCCCUUAACGUUUUCCAAUUACUGAUCUAAUGCACACAAAUAAAUACUGGGAAUCUUA